AUGGAUUCCGCCAAGGUCCCAGUCAAGCUCGUCAAGGUCACCAGAGUCCUCGGCCGUACCGGCUCCCGUGGAGGUGUGACCCAGGUCCGCGUCGAAUUCAUGGACGACACCACCCGUUCCAUCAUCCGCAACGUCAAGGGUCCAGUCCGUGAGGAUGACAUCCUCUGCUUGCUCGAGUCUGAGCGUGAGGCUAGGAGACUGAGAUAG